AACUCAAUGGGUAAUUAGAAGGCAUCGACGACGUCUCACAUCUUAAGCCGCAGCGGCUGUGAGUGUCGCCGUUUGUUCAUCAUUCUCCCUCCUUUCUCUUUCUCCUCAUUCCCUGUGUUUCCCAGUGAAACUCUCUCAUCCAUUUUUCUGCAUCAAAGCCUAAACUAACUCGCCCGCCAUGAUGUAUCGCUUAAUGCUUACACGACCCAAAUAUUCAUUAGGGAUUUAAUUUUGCCUCUUCCUGCCACUGCCACUCGGAGUUGGAGGAGUCCCAGGUGAGCAGGUUUAUUUGGACCACUGGGGGUUGAAUUUGCUGCUGCUUCUCGGAUUAAAUCUGCUGAACGCCAUCACUCACUGACUCUUUGACAUGAGUGGCGCCCCGAAGAGGCCCCAUGAUGAUGGGGGUCACUCUUCAUCUUCCAAAUAUCCCCACGAUGAUUCCAGUCCCUAUCGCAAGAUUUCUUCCUCACUUCCAAUGCAGUAUCGUCCCUCUUUUGAGAUGGGUCAGGACACCCCAAUGUCCAAGAUACCCCGCACUGAAUCCCGUGAUGGAGAUAGAAGAUCCCCCCUGCACUCCAUUUUUCGAAUGCCCUCCUCUUCCAAUGAUCCUCAUGUAGAUCAUUCUGUAGCUCCCGAAAGCCGGCCGGAGCUGCGGGACUCCAAGGACGGUGGGGACAACAGAUUUGAGAAUCGAGAGUCAAGAGUGGAGCGUGAGCUUUUUGGUGAUGAAAGGAGGGAUUCUCAAGCUGUGAAGUUGGAGAAGGAGAUGAGAUACGAAGGCAGAAUGGAUGAUAUUAAGGAAAUGAAAUAUGAUAGAGAUAGUUAUAGUGAUUACAAGGGUGAAUUAAAGUCAGAAAAAGAGAUGUAUGGAUCAGCAACCAGUCACAUGAACUGGAAGGAAUCAAAAGAUUACCAUAGAGGGAAGAGGUAUCCUGAAACUUCAGUUGCAAGCUUGGAACCCUGGCAUGUUUCACGCACCAAUUCACAGAAUGCAGCUGAGGCUGUAAAAGAUGCCCUGACUACUGACGAGAAAGAUUAUGUCGAAACAAGGGAGGCUGUUGGAGAGAACAAAAUAGAUUCAAAAGGUGAGGAUAAAUUUAAAGAGAAGGACAGGAAAAGGAAAGAUACAAAGCAGCGGGAUUGGGGUGAUAAAGAUAAGGAAAGAAAUGAUCAUAGGAACAGUACUCAAGCAACAAACACUAAUGUUGAGCCCAAAGACUUGUCAAAGGAAGAGAGAGAUGCAGAAAGGUGGGAGAGGGACCGGAAAGAUACCUCCAAAGACAAGGAAAGGUCUCGCGAAAGGGACAAAGACCAUGCUGCUAAGAGGGAAUCAUGGAAUGGGAUGGAUAAGGAGACUGCACAUCUUGAAAAGGAGUCAGGUGAAGUGUCUGCGAGAGUGUUAGAGCAGGACAAUCCAAUAUCAGAUCAGAAAAAGCAAAAGGAAUUUGAUAGCUGGAAAAAUGCUGAUAGAGAGGGUAGAGACAGGAAGAAAGAGAGGGAUGCAGACAUUGAAGGAGAUCGACCAGAAAAACGUAGUAGAUGUCUCGAAAAAGAGUCAGAUGAGGGAUGUGCAGAUGUUGAAGGGACUUUAGACAGGGAUAGAGAAGUUUAUAAUUAUGGUGUUCAACACCGAAGAAGGAUGCAACGUUCAAGGGGAAGCCCUCAAGUAGCAAAUAGAGAACCUCGCUUCAGAUCUCGUGCUCAAGAUAACGAAGGAUUACAAGGAAAACCUGAAGUCUCAUCUGUGGUCUACAAAGUCGGUGAGUGCAUGCAAGAACUAAUAAAGUUGUGGAAGGAACAUGAAUUGUCACAGAUAGAUAAAAAUGGUGAGAGCUCACAGAAUAUCCCCACUCUGGAAAUUCGAAUACCAGCUGAACAUGUUAUUGCUACAAAUCGGCAGGUCAGGGGUGGACAGCUGUGGGGAACAGAUGUGUACACAUACGAUUCAGAUCUUGUUGCUGUUCUCAUGCAUACAGGCUACUGUCGACUUACAGCUUCUCCACCUCCACCUGCAAUCCAGGAGUUGCGUGCAACCAUCAGAGUAUUACCCCCGCAAGAUUGUUACAUUUCUACACUUCGAAAUAACGUUCGAUCUCGUGCUUGGGGAGCUGCUAUUGGUUGUAGCUAUUGUGUUGAGAGAUGCUGCAUUGUGAAGGAGUUCAGUUGCUCGUCAGCAGGAUGUUCGGUUGAUGAUCGAGGAGUUCCUUCUCCUAAAGAGAAAGGAGGUGGAGCCAUUGACCUGGAGCCGUGUCUUACACAUACAUCUGCAGUUGAGCCCACCCUUGCUCCUGUGGCUGUUGAGCGGACCAUGACUACAAGGGCUGCAGCCUCUAAUGCAUUGCGUCAACAGAGGUUUGUAAGAGAAGUUACAAUUCAGUACAACCUUUGCAAUGAACCAUGGAUUAAAUACAGUAUAAGUAUUGUUGCGGACAAAGGUCUAAAGAAGCCCCUCUACACAUCUGCACGGUUGAAGAAGGGAGAAGUUUUAUAUCUUGAAACACAUUCGUGCAGGUAUGAACUCUGCUUUUCCGGAGAGAAGAUGGUGAAAACCAUUGCAUCAUCUCAAGGGCAUGAAACUGAAGCCGAGAAAUCACAGAAUCACUUUGUACACUGCCCAAAUGGUGAAAGAACUGAUAACGAUAAUACUUUGAUUGAUGUGUUUCGAUGGUCUCGCUGUAAGAAGCCACUGCCUCAGAAGGUUAUGCGUUCUGUUGGUAUCCCACUGCCUUCUGAACACGUAGAGGUACUCGAGGAUAAUUUGGACUGGGAAGAUGUACAGUGGUCACAGACUGGCGUUUGGAUAGCUGGGAAAGAAUAUCAACUUGCUCGUGUGCAUUUCUUAUCCAUGAAUUAGUUCCAUUUUUAUGUUCAUCUUGUAACUUUUAGAUGUAUGAGAAUAUGUAUUUCAUAAUCAUAUUUCAGAGUAAGAAGAGAUAUUACAGUAGUGUGCAAAUUUUUAUUAGUUGAUAAUAUUGGAUGUGGAAACUUGAUUCUUUGA